AUGUCCACCCGCGGGCAGUUCAACACAAAGAACCCGACUAUCAAGCGCAUAUUAAAGGAAGCAUCGGAACUGUCGGUAUCGCCCUCCUCAGACUACCACGCCGAACCUCUAGAAACCAACCUGUUCGAAUGGCAUUUCACAAUCCGCGGCCCGCCCGAGCCAUCACCGUACGCCGGCGGUAUCUACCACGGCCGCAUAGUCCUCCCGUCGACGUAUCCUCUCCGUCCACCAUCUUUCCGCUUCCUCACGCCCACUGGCCGCUUCGAAGUCAACCGCGAGAUCUGUCUAAGCAUAUCGGGUCAUCAUGAAGAAACAUGGCAACCGGCUUGGGGCGUGCGCACAGCCCUCGUUGCGAUAAGGAGCUUUAUGGACACGGAUGCGAAGGGCCAGCUCGGCGGCAUCGAAUGCAGCAGGGAAGCACGCGAGCGCAUGGCCAAGGACAGCGGCGCGUGGAAAUGUGCCGGCUGUGCCAAGAGCAAUGCUGACAUCAUGCAAGAGCGCGAGGAGCUCGUCAAGGAGGUUGAGGAGAAGGAAGGCAAGAGGAAAGAUGACCAAGUCCCCGAAGAGCUGAGACUUGCCUAUCGCGACGAGCUGGGUAAGGAAGGCCAGGACGACAAGCCGGUGGACAAGGGCAAGCAAAGGGCAGUAGAGAGUCCUGCUGAAGUCGCGUCGCCUGUCGCGCCAUCAGUACCUACUGCUACAGUACCAGUCACAACCCAAACGCGACCCACCCCUGCUGUACCUACGGCUAGACCGACAAGGACAAGACCCACACCGCCGCUCCAACAGGUUGCCCAACGUAGUCCGGACCUGGCUUGGAUCGAUACUUGCAUUUACGGAAUAGUGGCCGCGUUAUUGUUCAUGGUGCUCAAGAGGUUCGUGUGA